GGGCUCGGCCGGAUCUGGCAGCUCUGGGUGUGUGUAUAGCUAGCAGACCACCUUCUUUUAACUCUGACGUACAAGAAGGUUAGGUUAGAGUUUGAAAGUAUCGUCAAAAUGGCACAAUUAUCGUGUAUCACUCGACUACUACCGACUACCUCGUUAGAGAGUAGAAGAAUUUUUGCUGCUGGAAUAUGUAGGCCCUCAGCGAGUUCUUUCGGCCUUUAUCGUGGUGUGAAAACCGCUGCUACACCUGCUGAAGAACCGUCUACUGAAGAAAAUAAUAGACUGGAAGAAGAAGCAAGAAUUCAGAAAAUUAGAGACAUUUCUGGCUUAAGGCCAUCUCACAGAAACAUUGCUCAUCACAUAGUUCCCAUGGAAGAGAAAACUAUGCCAAUUCACUACACUGUUCGUUACAACAAGAGAAUGUUUGGGCGCUAUGGUUAUGCAUCAGGCGUUAGUCCUUCUCUAUGCUGGCCAACAAAACAAGAACUUGAUGACAAGAAAGAGUAUGAGAGAGUAGCAUACCCUUAUACCAUACUAGAAGUUGCGAAACGAGAAAAAUUAAAGAAAGAAGAGAAAGAGCGAAUACUAUUUGAAAGAGAUGCCAAGGUUGCUGCAAAUGUUGAAUCCAUGCAAAAGUUAAAGGAAGAGUACUUACACAAGAAAGAAAUAAAAAGACAAGAGGCAGAAGCUGCACAGGCAUUCAGGACACGAUUAAUUGAAGAAGUACGGCUUCAUUUCAAUUAUACUGUUAACGAACGAGAUGAGCAAUUUAAACUCGAGCUGAAAGAGAGAGCAAAGCAGCUACGGGAAAAGGGGAAACAAGAAAAGAAACUUCAGAAAAAGGAAAAGUUAGCCUUAGACAAGGCUGCAAGAUUUGAAGAGCAGAAGAGAAGACUGAAGGAAGCAGAAGAAGCUAUGAAGUUAUCCAAACAAAGUGCAAAGGAUGAUUAGAUAUUAAAAAAAAAAUGAGUAUAUGGUUUCUAGAUGUCUUCUUUAUGGAGUCAUGCAGAAUGUGUAAGUAAUAAUAGAAGGGUUCACUGUCUGUAAGUUGCUGUUCUGUUUAUCUGUUGCCUAUCAAUUAUGGGUGUACAGAGAUAACAGAAGCAAGGGUUGAAAGUGAUGUUUGCAUUAAGUUAAUAGCUCAUUGACAGCUAACAAAAUCACAAAUACAGAUUUGAAAAAAAAUAUGGUUGUUUUCAGAAUAUACAGACACACACAUUAAAA